AUGGAAGACUAUAAUGAUCACUAUCACAGAAAAGACAACAGAGAGAUUUUGAACACAUCAGCAAAUGCCGGAUCAAACCAGCUGAGAGUCUGCCGUAUAGUUGGAGUGUCCUUUGGGCUGCUGUGUCUCCUUCAAGUGACUCUGAACAUAACUCUGCGUCUCCUCUACAUUGAAUUCAACAACCUGACCAAUGACGGACAGGAGUGUCAGAUGGGAUACGGCUCGCUGGUUGAAGAAAGAGACCUUUUGCUGACCAAUUACACCAAACUGUCGGAAGAAAAAGAGCUGUUACUAAUCAACUACACCACUCUGGCUGAAGAAAGAGACAGGCUUCAUAAGGAGCUUGAUGACCUGGUGGGAUGGAAGAGUUUCCAAUCCAGCCUCUAUUUCUUCUCCAUUGAGGACAGAAACUGGACUAUGUCCAGGAAAGACUGUAGACAGAGAGGAGCUGACCUGGUGAUUAUCAACAGCGAAGAGGAACAGGAGUUCAUCUCAGCACGUGUCCAUAACACCUGGAUUGGCCUGACAGACAGUGACAUAGAGGGGGAGUGGAGGUGGGUUGAUGGGACUCUACCAAUCACAAAGUUCUGGAUGGAAAAUGAACCCAACAAUGCUGAUAAGGGUGAAGACUGUGCCAAGACUUAUGGAAAACAAUGGAAUGAUUUAUCUUGCUCACUAAACUUAAGAUGGACUUGUGAAAGACAAAUAUAGAUUUUCCAUGACACCAUAUAUCAGAAGAUACACCAGUCAAAAAUUUGGACACAGUUGUUCAUGGAUUUUUCUUUAUUUCGACCAUUGUAGAAUCAGAACCAAUAAGGUUAAAAAACUAUGAAAUAAUAUACCGGUAUGUGUGGAAUUCUGUAAGCAAGAAAAGUGUAAAAAAGUGUAAAAACUUGUUUUAGAUUUUAGACUAACCUCAUUUUGCAUCGAUGAAAAUCUACACACUUGCCAUUCUCUCAACCAUCUUUAGGUAGACAUCUGGAAUACUUUUCCAAAAGUCUUGGAGGAGUUCCCGUUCAUGCUGAGUCUACUUGCUCUUGGGUGCUCCUUGUUGGUGCCCCCCAC